UCUUGGGGCAUUAGUAGCUCUUGGCUCUUUCAGAAUGUCUGGUCGUGGCAAAGGCGGGAAGGGGCUCGGCAAAGGCGGCGCCAAGCGCCACCGCAAGGUGCUGCGCGACAACAUCCAGGGCAUCACCAAGCCCGCCAUCCGUCGCCUGGCCCGCCGCGGCGGCGUCAAGCGCAUCUCCGGCCUCAUCUACGAGGAGACCCGCGGGGUGCUCAAGGUGUUCCUGGAGAACGUGAUCCGGGACGCCGUCACCUACACGGAGCACGCCAAGCGCAAGACGGUCACGGCCAUGGACGUGGUCUACGCGCUCAAGCGCCAGGGCCGCACCCUCUACGGCUUCGGGGGUUAAGUCACAUUUUAUCACCAUAAUCUCGUUUUCCAUCAAAGGUCCUUUUCAGGGCCGCCCACUCCUCGGGAAGAGCUUUGCGCUGCUUUCUUGGUUUGCGGGAUGACGAGGCUGGGGUAACAAAGUAAACU